AUGACUCGCUUGCAUCAAGUCUCAAUAUACUCAUCCAUCCUUAUUUCGAUCUAUAUACUAGUGUUGUUUGAGAUUUUGCCCAUACCACUCAUCGACGCCAGUGUGGCUCAAGAGAUUCUUCCUGUUAUUCCAUGGUGGCUUUUGGUGUCAUUCGGGUCAUAUUCCCUUUGGAGUCUCGGCUGGGGGGUGCUUACAUUCCGUGACUGUCCCGAAGCCUAUCACGAGCUGCUGCAGGAAAUAAAUGAAGCCAAAAACGAUCUCCGAAGUCGGGGUGUCACUGUCGACUGA